AGCGCUUUGCACGCAUUGCAGCUCCGCGCUCUGUUAGGGUUAUUGUCGAAGGAGGAGGAGGAGGAGGAGGAGGAUGCAGCAGCCGGGGAAGCUGACGGCAGCGCUCCCAGAGCAGGAGGAGAGGGCCAAGGCCAAGGCCGCUCAGAAGCUGAAGAAGAGCACCAAGAUGCCCUCCCCUCAGGAGCUACUCUCCCACUACGAGUCCCGGGGGCUGGACUCCCACCAAGCCUCCCUCCAGGCCAUCGACGACCUCCAGAAGUUGCUCUCCCGCGUCCUCUCCUCCCGGGGCGCCCCCCCACCCGCCGCCAAGGCGGACAGGGGGUCCCCGCCCGACCUCGCCCGGAAGAUGGACGCGGUGAACGGUCGGCUCGCCCUGCUGGAGAUGAAGCUGGACUCCAAGCCCGGGUACGCGGAGGCGUUCGCCAUCGGGGUGGCCUCCGGGGCCGCCCUCAACGGGAUGGGGAGCCUCAUGCCCCACCUGCUCGGCUCCCUCUCCCAGAUUUGGAGCUCUGUCACCAAUCCUCACCAUCACCAAUGAAAGCGAGCUUUAGAGUAGACUGGCUGAUCCCUGUUGCUUUUCCGCCAUUGCGGUAUCGAUCCAAUUCGAACUCUGGACUAUUUGUUUUGCUGUUGGGUUUUUACUUGUUUCGUUUCAUCUUCUCGGGGGAACGACAGAUCGGGGCUGUUGUAGCUGGAGCAGGAACAGAUAAGAGAGGCUGAGGUGAAAACAGAGGAGGAGGGGCGGGUCUGCGUCUGCGUCUGCGUCUGCGUCUAUUCAAGUUUGUCAUCGUUGCCAGCCACCAUGUACCCGUCCCCUCUUCAUUAUCGCUCUGUGUACAAUAACAAGGGAGCACGACCAUGUCCAAUGAUGUAUCGCUCUCCUAAAGACCAGAACUUUAGGAGGCACUUUGUUUUCCGACUUUGACUUUCAUCAUCAUUGAUUGAUAUUAUUGGUCCCGUUGAAUUCAAA